AUGGUGGACUCUAAAUCGAAGAAAACUAUCAAUAAGUUGGGGAAACUCUUCGGAGUCCUGUCAACAACACUUGUGAAUGAGAAUGGGGAGUUAGAGAAUGGAGCUGCCGAAUCGACUGAUCAGUUAGGUACAAAUGUUGUCUCCAAUAACCAAGAAGAUGAUAUUGUUACUCCCCUUCGUAAGGAGGCAGUUGUGUCCCCUUCGAGUAUGUCACCUAAACUGAACCAGGGCAACUCUAAUUCGAAGAUUGUUCCUACAACCAUUUCGAACAAUGCUUCACCCUCUAAUUCACUGUUAUCCUCAGGUGAAAUUGUGCAUCCCCAGCCUCAAUCUCUGGCUGCAACUAGUAAUACAAUUUCAAGCUUGCAAAAUUUAACCAUGAACAAUUCGGGAGCGCCACUGGUUUCAAGAACACCGUCAGCUAUUAAGAGACCCUCAUCUGGAGUUGUCCUGAAAUCAAAUCCUGUUUCAAGAUCUUCGUCAGUGAAAGCCAGACCUCCACUUUUGAAGGACCAAUCCAGCCAAGCUGCCGCAGUGAAACCUCGUUUUAGAAUGUUGGAAAAUGGAAAUCAUGAACAUAAUUUAAAAUCUGCAAAAAGGCAAGAAAAGCUUUCUAAUAUGAUCAAGGAUUUAUUGGGUGCUAAGAAGCUUAGAAGUGAAGCUAAAAGUGCCGUUCCAAAUAUUCUUAAUGGUGUACCUCAAACGCCUAACCAAGAUCAGAAGAACAAGCCACCAACUUUGUUUGCUGGCUUGGUGAACCAGUUUGAAAAUAAUGUAUCUCCUUACCAUGGACCUGCAUUGGGUCCGCCCGAACAGCAGGACUCUCGUUCUUUUGUUGAGAAAUAUGGCCGAUGUCUGGAGGUUAUAGGUAGAGGUUCAUUUGGAACCGUUAGAAUUUCUCACAAAAAGCUUGAUGGCUCGGAAGAGAUCCUUUAUGCUGUCAAAGAAUUUAAAAGGAGACCCAGUGAAUCCGAAAAGAAAUAUAACAGGCGUCUUACGUCUGAAUUUUGCAUAUCGUCAUCGUUGAAGAAUAUUAACAUAAUUGACACCCUUGAUUUAUUGAAAGAUGCAAAUGGUGAUUAUUGUGAAGUCAUGGAAUUUUGCUCUGGAGGAGAUUUGUAUACUUUGAUCAUCACCGCUGGGAAACUAGAGUAUGCUGAAGCUGAUUGCUUCUUUAAACAAUUGAUCAGAGGUGUUAAUUAUAUGCAUGAGAUGGGAGUAUGUCACCGUGACUUGAAACCAGAAAACUUGUUGUUGACUCAAAAUGGUGUUUUGAAAAUCACAGACUUUGGAAAUGGUGAGUGUUUCAAAAUGGCCUGGGAAUCGGAAAUCCAACUAAGUGAAGGUAUAUGCGGUUCAUCUCCAUAUAUUGCCCCUGAGGAGUUCUCUCAGGAUUCGUUUGAUCCUAGAGGAGUUGACAUAUGGGCCUGUGGAGUCAUUUACAUGGCCAUGAGAACAGGUAGGCAAUUAUGGAAAUUGGCAGAUCCCAGGAAAGAUGAGUUCUUUGAAGAGUAUUUAUUAAAGAGGAAAGAUGCUACUGGUUACGAACCUAUUGAGUCCUUAAAAAGAGCCAGGUGCCGGAAUGUUAUCUACUCUAUUCUUGAUCCCAAACCUGAGAGGAGAAUUAAUGGUAAACAGAUUUUGAAUAGUGAAUGGGGUCGGGAGAUUAAAGUAUGUGAGGCCGGCGAUGGGAAGAAACGUAACCUUGCUCCAUGA